AUGCCGCCACUUAAAAACAUUCCAUACUUUACCAAAUUUACUUCCGAUUUACCAUCACUACCAUUCCGAACUAUGGAAUGGAAAUAUACUUGUCUCUCACUCUACAGAAAUAUUCUCCGACAACAUAAAUAUAAAUUAGUACCACAACAACGAUUUUUAGGAGAUGCCUACGUAAAAAACGAAUUUAAAUUAAACAAGACUGGUGAUGAGAAUUAUGCAAGAUCAUUUGUUGAAGAAUGGGCUUAUUAUUAUCGAGUUUUAGAGGAAUCACCAUCACCAGAUCGAAUUGGAAAGGAUAUUUCGGAAGAUGAUUUUAACACUCUAUCAAAGGAACAACAAGAACAAUUUUAUCAAUUGAAGGAGGAAACUGAAAAAGUUAAGGACUAUUUGAAGGAACAAGCUAAACCUAAUUGGAAAGAUGCUGAACUGACAAGAGAAUAA